AUGCGACGAUACGAAGGUAUAUGGCGGAAGCGCGAUCUGCUACCGUUUUGGAUUUUACAAAUAUUCUUCAUUGUUAUCUCUAUUGUCGCCGCAGCCUUACUUUUCGUCGGCGCAUCCUCUCUAGAGCAGCAGGAGAGCGAGACCGAGUCGUCUGGUAUCUUUAAGAUCGUAUACCUAGGCUACGAGGCCGAUAAGCUAGUCAGGUACACGCGGAUCACGGGAACUAUUACUCUCGUCCUCGAUGUCGGUACUCUGAUCUUUGACAUUAUUGAGGUUAUGCUAUACGCUGGGGGCCGGUUAAAUCCAGUUAUACUGCUCUCAUUCGCAUGCAUCAAGACUCUGAUCUGGAGCGCAUACUUUAUCAUUGCUAUCAUCACUACGGCAUCCGGUUCGAUUUUAGGUGCAUUUGGUUUAUUGAUAGGCGUAGUACCCGUGAUCACGAGUAUUGGACAGCUCGCCUGGGGAAUUAUAUACACGAACCGCAAACGAAACGGCCAGCUCUCAACCCGGUCUAAUCACAAUUCUGUCAGAGACAAUGGGAGUUACGAUAUGGUGUACGAUACUAGAGAUCGAUGGAACUAUUUUUGA